CUCUUUCGAAGUUGUAAUUAAGCUCCCCUAACUCUGCUGCUCCUCUUCUUCAUUUUUCUCUAUUUUCAGUGAAUCAAAACAACAGUCACAGAUUGUUUGUUACUAAAGCAACAAUGGUUGACGUCGACCGGCGGAUGUCCGGUCUGAAUCCGGCUCAUGUAGCUGGUUUACGCCGUCUCUCUGCUCGUGCUUCCGCUCCUUCAACUCCGACUUCUCUUCCUCUUCGCAACGGUCUUCAGUCUCUUUCUUCUCUAGCUGAUAAAGUUAUAACCCAUUUACGAGAUUCGGGUUUCCAAGUCCAGCCAGGUUUAUUGGACGCUGAGUUCGCCCGAGCCGAAGCCGAGUUCGGUUUCGUUUUCCCACCUGACCUCCGAGCCAUAUUAUCAGCCGGGUUACCUGUGGGUCCUGGUUUUCCCGAUUGGCGAUCUGUUGGAGCCCGACUCCAUCUUCGGGCUUCGUUUGAUCUUCCCAUCGCUGCAAUUUCCUUUCAAAUAGCGCGCAACACUUUAUGGUCCAAAUCUUGGGGGCCCAGACCCUCUGACCCCGAGAAAGCUUUACGGGUCGCAAGGAAUGCCCUUAAACGAGCUCCCCUUUUGAUCCCCAUUUUUAAUCACUGCUAUAUUCCCUGCAAUCCGUCUUUAGCCGGUAAUCCAAUUUUCUUCAUUGAUGAAACCCGGGUUUUCUGUUGCGGAUUCGAUCUAUCUGAUUUUUUUGAGAGGGAAUCCUUGUUCCGAGGUUCCGAACCCGACCCGGGAUCAUUGAAGAAGCAGAGAUCGGUUAGUGAAAAAUCAGCUGGGUCGUCCACUCAUUUUUCAAGGCGUAGUUUGGAUGCGGGUUUGGUAACCGGGACGAGAACCCCUAGAUGGGUCGAGUUCUGGAGCGACGCCGCGGUUGAUCGGCGCCGGAGAUUCUCGUCGUCGUCCUCGUCGAAUUCGUCGCCUGAGAGGUACUUGGAUAUGCCGAGAACCAAAAUCCCGAAAUGGGUCGACGAUUACAUUGAUCAAAUCGGGUGUGUCCUUAGAGAAGGCGGGUGGGGGGAAUGUGAUGUAGCGGAAAUCAGACACGUGUCAGCAUCUGGGUUCUUCGAAGAAGAGAUGGUUUUAUUGGAUAAUCAAGCUGUUCUUGAUGCGCUUCUUUUAAAAGUGGAUCGGUUCUCAGAUUCGCUCCGAAAAGCCGGAUGGAGCUCCGAAGAAGUUUCGGAUGCACUGGGGUUUGAUUACCGACUGGAGAAGGAAAAGAAACCUGCAAAGAAAUUAUCCCCUCAGCUAGUAGAAAAAAUUGGGAAACUUGCUGAAUCGGUUACCCGGUCAUGACAGAGCUUCUAGUUUGUGUUAUAAAAAUUUCCUGGGGGUUUGGAUUAAGAUAAAAAAUAGUAAAAAUAUGGGGUGCCGCGUUGUACCUUGAAAAACAGAGAAGAAGAGAAAGGAGGUGUAAAAAAAUGAAAUCACAUUGUUGUUGUUCAUAAUAUCAAAUAAUGAUUAGGUAUUUUCUUUUGCUUGCAA